UAUUUGCUAAUAGUACUCAUAAUUAUAUCGCACGAAAACCUAUUAUUAUAAUAAUUUCUACUUUUAUCUGGCCAGAAAAGCAACAAAUUAGAGUUUAAACUUCAAGGAGCAGUAUCGUUAUUUUAAGGAUACAAUUUUGCGGUACAUAAAAUUACAGGAAGAGUUAUACCAAAACAUUCAAUGAUUGUUAGCAAUUCAGAUGCAAAACUUUGAUAUUUUUGGGAAUGUCCGAUAGUGAAGAAUCGUUUGAGGAAAAGCUUCGAAAAUUUAGACUGGAAAGAAAGUCAGACGAUAUUCAAACAGAGGCCACAAAAGAGGAAAGUCUAAGUGAUAUGGGCCGGCGAAGAGGCAGCGGUGGCCGUCGGCCACCCGCACAUUUGAAGGGCAGAGAAAUUGGUAUGUUUUAUGCCAACAGGCAACGUAAACAGAAUACCAGCUGGGCUUUCGAUGAUAGUGGACCGUACCGAACCGGUAAAAAACACCGCCGACAAAAAGUUCGCGAGAGAGUGACUUACGAGAACGAUGAAGUCGGAAUCGAUUCAGGGAUGUUCAUGCGGUUCGAUGAUAGCGGGGAUGAGGAUGUAGUUAGAGGAAUUGAGCGUAAGCCCCCGCCUGGAUUGACUGGGAGGGAAAUUGGACUGUAUUAUCGCGAUAGAAAAACGGAGAAGAAAAAGGAAAAGGAGAAACGGCGGGUUGUGGAUAUAACGAUACCACAGUGGCAGAUUCAGGAAAUUCGAAAACUACUAAAUCUUCAUCAUGGUUCUGAGAAUGUUGACUUUUUCAAACAUUUUAUAGAAAGUGAUAUAAAUUCGCCGUUCAAAAACGAAUACUUGAGAGUAAUAAAUACAAAUAUAGAGCAGAAUUUGAGAGCUGAGUCGUUGGAACAAAAUGCACCGACUGACUACUAUCAAACUAAAAGAAAGCAGUCGUUGAAUGAAGAUAUAUAUCAAGAAUUUAUACAAAAAGAGGUUCUUCCUGAAAUGAAAGCAUCUCGUGAAAAACUACCAGCUUUCGGUUCUCGCUACGAGAUCUUGAACAUGAUUGACAAGCAUCAAGUCAUUUUGAUUAAGGGAGAAACGGGUAGUGGAAAAACUACGCAAAUUCCACAAUUCAUAUUGGAUCAUGCGAUAAUUGCAAAAGAAGGAAGUGAUUGUCGAAUAAUAUGUACCCAACCGAGACGAAUCUCAGCGAUAACUUUGUCAGAAAGAGUUGCAACGGAGAGAGGAGAGAGGCUCGGUCAAUCAGUUGGCUAUCAAAUUCGAUUAGACGGUGUGAAACCUCGGUCUAAUGGAGCUACUAUAACUUAUUGCACGACAGGAAUUGUUCUCACUAUGAUGCAAAGUGAUCCUAUCCUGAAAGGAAUUUCUCAUCUGAUUCUCGACGAGAUUCACGAGCGGGAUGUUGUUACAGACUUACUUCUAGCGAUUGUAAAAAUGGUGUUGACAUAUAGAAAAGAUCUCAAGGUGAUACUGAUGAGUGCCACUUUAACCGCGGAAACCUUUUCGCGAUACUUUAACAACUGUCCUACCGUGGAGAUUCCAGGACUCUUAUUUCCUGUGCAAGAGUUUUACUUGGAGGACAUUAUAUCUGAGUUAAACUACCAUAAUUUCAAUAAUCCAAAGAAAGCUGUUGUCAGGAGAAACCGUUUCAACAGCCAAUUUUUGGAUAUGAUUGAACCUUACAUAGAAACCCUCCGAGAUAGCUACUCACCUCAAGUUAUAAAAACUAUCAACAAUCCAGAAAGUGAGACUAAUCAAGACAAUUUAAUUGUUGAAUUGAUUCUUAAUAUCACCGCAACCAAACCGGAUGGUGCAAUUCUCGUGUUUUUCCCUAGCUUGGCUCAAAUCACCGAAGUAAACAAACUUCUAACCGCAAAUCAGCAGCUUUCGAGAUAUCCUACCCUAAUCUAUCCAUUGCACUCAAAAGUUCCACAAUUGGAUCAAAAAGCAGUAUUCUCCAGACCCACCAGUGGUACUAGAAAAAUCAUUCUUGCUACAAACAUUGCCGAAACUUCAAUCACUAUCGACGAUGUGGUGUACGUUAUCAAUACGGGAAAGCAUAAAAUCAAUAUGUACGAGAAUGGGAUAGCAUCGCUGCGUGAUGAGUGGAUUUCUCUAUCCAAUGAGAUACAACGGAAGGGUCGCGCGGGACGUGUCAAACCGGGCAUAAGCUAUCACCUUUAUUCUCGAGCCCGUCGCAGCGUACUGUUGCAGAACACACCUCCGGAGAUUCUUCGUGUCGCAUUGGACGAAGUAAUUCUGAACAUAAAAAUACUUGGCCUCGGAGAAGUACGUCGUUUUAUGGACAAACUGCUAGAUCGUCCCACCGAUGAAGUGAUCGAGGAAUCAUUGCAGCUGCUGAAUCGUCUCAAUGCUUUGGAUGAUGAUCAAGUAUUGACUCCACUGGGCUACCACCUGGCCCGUCUCCCAAUGGAUCCGCGCACGGGUAAAAUGGUUCUCCUGUCUAGUAUUUUCAGCUGCAUCGAUCCGAUCACUUCGAUAGCAGCUAGCCUCUCGUUUAAAGAUGCAUUCUAUAAACCUUUCGGGAAAGAAAAGCAGGUCGAUGCUGUACGACGUAAGUUUGCUGAGGGUCACCACAGCGACCACCUAAUGCUGGCCAAUGUGAUUCACCAGUGGAAGAGUCGUAGGGGCAGUGAAGCCUAUAACUUUGCACGUCAAAAUUUUCUCAAUGUAACCACAUUGAAACAGUUGUGCAGUAUGAAGCAGCAGUUUUGCGAGUAUCUGUAUUUUGCAAAGUUUUUACAGAACUCAAACAUAGAAUCACGUUACAACAAUCUAAACUCUGGCAACGACAAGCUGCUGACGGCACUAAUUGGCGCUGGUUUGUAUCCGAAUGUUGCUUUCGUACGAAAGGUGAUUCGCAAUCGUAAAAAGGUUGAUGGUAGAGCAAUUCUGGCCAUCGAAGGUCAAGGAAGAGCGGUCAUUCAUCCGUGUUCGGUAAAUGCCACUUUAGCUGAUUUUGAAUCCAACUUUGUAGUCUACUAUGAAAAGCAGAAGAUUUCCAGUUUGACCAUGUUCGACACCACGGUGGUAAAUCCGUUUCCACUGUUUUUCUUUGGUGACAACCAUGUAGAGACGGAAGGGGAAUUUGAAUACAUCUCGAUUGCCGGUCACUAUGGACUCAGAUGCGACAAAGAAACUUAUCGAUUGAUUCAAGAUCUUAGAGGAGGAUUCAAUCUUUUUCUGCAAAAGAAAAUUUGUCACCCGUCACCAGUGGAUUGGUCAUCCGAUGAAGGAACUCUGCUAAGUGCUAUUAUUCAGCUUGUUACGAUUGAUGGAAAGUACGAAGACAAUUUUGGUGAUGACGACCUCCCUGCAGGUUGUAGUGGAAAUCCUGAAGAAAUUCCGCUCGAUGAUGAUGAUGAUGAUUAUUUGGAUUAUUAUGAGAGUUAUGAUAUGCCGGAAGCAUCAACAAGCAGUAGAAUAUAAUUUACCGUUUAUGAAUGAUAGAAAAAUUAACAAAAUACUUCUCACAGUCUAAAUUAGUGUAGUUUGCAAGCAAUUUAUUUAUAGCUACAAUUAAAGCCCAUAGCAUGGAUUUUCUAUAUAAACAAGAAUUUAAUGUUUGCAAUUUUUUCGCUCG